AUGGCGACGAGCGGUGAUUUACAAGCCCCAACUUACGUCGAGCUGUAUAAAACGGUCGCCGAAUUACAAAAGAAGAUUAAACAGUUAGAAUCAGAAGUUGUUUCGGGACGCGAUGGGAGCCAAGGUCCGCCAACGACCGCGGUCGUCAACACGCCGCGUUCGGAUGUUAGCGAAUAUAGAGUGCUGCCGGAUUUGAAUAAAUCAAUCAAGGUUUUCGAUGGUUGUGAGCCAGUGCACGAAGCAGAUGACUGGAUACAGACGGUUGAAGGUAUGGCGAAUUUGAAUUGUUGGCCUUUGGCAUUUCGCAUGCAAUUUGUACGAUCGUAUAUUACGGAAGCCGCGCGCAGCUGGUUCAUCGGACGCGAUUUUAAGGAUUGGGACGACUUUGUACAAAAAUUUCGAAUUGUAUUUUUUCGACAACUACGAACAGCUGAUAAGUGGGAAGCCAUGCAGAAAAGACGUCAAAUUUCCGAUGAACACAUCAUGGUUUAUUUCCAAGAGAAGGCACGGUUAUGCCGUGGGCUGUGA